AUUACCUUUCACCUUAUCAAAUGCUCAUACCGAGGUAGGCAAAAGAAAAAAAAAACACAACAUACCACCUAUAUAUAAUUCCAAUUGAAUGCUCCUUAUCCUCCCUUUAAUAGCUUCUGUCUAUAUAAGUCCCCUGCAUUUUCCCCACAUUGCAAGCCAUACACAAACGCUUAUACCUACUUUUUCUUUCUAUCUUUUUCCUGUGUGAGCUGAAGAAAUGGCAACAACUGCCGCUGAGACUGUUCCUGCCAAGCCCGAGAUGGUUGAAAACGGGUCGAAAACAUGUGGGAUUCCGAAGGAAGCAAAUGGGGAAACAGGAAAAGAGAAGGGGAACUCCAAGAAUGGAACCAAGGUUGUUGAGGAGCCAACCAAUGAGAAAACUCAAGAGAAGGAAGAGGCACAGGACGAGGAGGUGCCUACGGAGAUUGAACCAAAGUCCGGAGUUUCUUUCCCAGUUAGGUUGAGUGAUGGGAAGCAGCUGAGUUGUGUUGGGAUGAGGAAGAAGUCCAUGCUUGGCAUGGGCAUUAAAGUAUAUGGCUUUGGCAUAUACACAGAUAACGAGAAACUGAAAGAUCUCCUGAAGACAAAAAUUGGAAAAGCACCAGCAAAACCUUCAAAGGAAAUGUAUCAGGCAGUAAUUGACAGUGAUUUUGGGCUGACAGUGAGGUUGGUGAUUGUAUUUUCUGGGCUUACCAUGAAUAUGGUAAAGAAGAACUUUGAUGAAGGUCUUGGAGCUUCCAUAAAGAAGCUAACUGGCGGAAAGAAGGAUGACGAACUCGCAAAUAAGGUCAUGGGUCAAGCAUCAGACAACAUAAAGCUAACACCUGGUUCCGUUAUUGAGAUUUCUCGUCUUCCAGGAUACACUCUCCAAACAAAAGUUAUGGAUGAGAUGGUCAGCAAAGUUGAGAAUGAACUUCUCUGCAGGGCCUUCAUCCACAUGUAUCUGGGGGAUGAUGUUUUUGACAAGGAUGCCAAAGAGAGUUUCGGAAAGACCCUGCUUUCUCUCUUUUAAUCGCGUAUGAAAGUAGUUUGUUAGGUGAAGUGAAUAAGGUCCUAAUCUAUUUCAAAGUAACCAAGGAGUUGCUCAAUAAGAAGGAUAAUAGUGU